AUGGGACCGCGGCGCGCAGCUGGGCUCGAAGCAGGAGGCAAAGAAGGAAAACUAAGUGGCACAUCGCAGGUAGUGAAGGUGGCUGGCGUAGCGAGUUUCGUGGCCACCGAUGUCCAUGUCGCCGCCUGUCGCCGCGAGGAACGCCAGUCAUAG